AUGUCGUUUUCCGGGCCGCAAUUAGAACCCCUAAUCGGGAACCCCUCCAUAUGGCAAUGGAUCUUCGAGGGCGAUGAGCUCCUAUUAGGCCAAUCUACUUCAGCGGAUCCAGCACUAUCACAAACUCGCGGAUUUCAUGACAGCGCCACGGGCGAAUUCCUUUCAUUUCAUGACCUAAAGUCGAUCGCUACCAUCGUCUCUACAAUUCUUCAUCGAGAAUAUGAUGUCAGACCUGGCCAAAAGAUUGCCAUCAUUGGGCAGAAUUCCAUCUGGUAUCCUGUUGCAAUGCUAGCUGCGAGUCGGCUGGGUGCUGUAGUUACACUAUUACCCCCAGGCUCUAUGCGAGAUGAUCUGAUGUACUUCCUUGGAACGUCAAAGACGGCGCUUGUGUUUACUGACGAGGGCGCCGUUGAUGAAGUCACAGCCGCUUGCAAAGCAAUCGGAUUAUCAGCAAAGAAUAUUCUAAGAUUUGAUGGGGCCAAGGAUGAGACAAACAGCCUCCAGAACCUGCGGCAACGAGGAGAGUCAUUCUACCCUUCAUCCUACACGAAAUCCUGGGAGCCUAAAUACAACGAGGCGUCGCCAUGUGCGUUUCUUUCUUGGAGCUCUGGCACUACUGGAAAGCCUAAAGCUGUCCAGAUAUCUCACACCAACGUCAUCAGCCAACUCCGUCAGAUCAGCGCCUUCACUCCACCCAACCGACGGCGGACGGUACUGGGUGUUCUGCCCUUUUAUCAUAUCACCGGCCUGGUCCAUUUACUUCAUCUGCCCAUUGUUCUCGAGCAGCAAAUGGUUAUAAUGGCCAAGUUCGAUAUGAAGCAGAUGAUGGAGACCGUUGUAAGAUUCAAAUGUGAUGAGCUGUGGCUUGUGCCUCCUCUGUUGAUCCGAUUGUUGAAUGACAAAUCGGCUCAAGGAUACGACUUAUCAUUUGUCAAACAAUUCAACACGGGCGCAGCCCCAUUGGCCGAUCAAGUGAUCGCUCAGCUUGCGAGAAAGUUCCCGACUGUUGCUGUCCGACAAGCCUGGGGCAUGACAGAGACAACGUCCUGCUUGACGGUGACUCCGCCAAAUUUGAGCACCUGGAGCAACGCCUCAAAGGUUGGCAAGUUGGUUCCAGGUACUGAAAUACGUGUUGUAGACCCCGACACAGGAGAGGAUGUAGCAGCUGGAAAUGUUGGAGAGAUAUGGGCGAAGGGCCCUCAAGUUACGAUGGGUUACCUGGAUCGUCCUGAGGAAACUGCAGCAUCAUAUCUAGAAGGUGGCUUCUUCAAGACCGGUGACCUUGGCUCGAUCGACAACGAAGGAUUCAUUACAAUCCACGACCGGAUCAAGGAGAUGAUAAAGGUACGGGGACAUGCCGUAGCUCCAGCCGAGCUCGAGGAUCUGCUUCACGGCCAUCCCAAAGUCAAGGACGCUGCCAUAAUUGGCAUCCCUGAUGACUACUCUGGUGAGACACCCAGAGCCUUUGUAGUACUUGCAGGCGGGGUCCAUGGGGGGCCAGAAGUUGUGAAGGAGUUACAGGAGUUUGUUGCGGCGAGGAAGGCGAAGCAUAAACGCUUGAGUGGGGGUGUCGAGUUUAUGGAUCAGAUUCCAAAGAGUCCUUCUGGCAAGAUUCUGCGUCGGGUGUUGAAGGCGUCAUGGAAAGAAAAGAUGGAGUCGCAGAGAGCGAAGCUGUAA